UUCGGAUAUUUACUAUAAUUGGUAUAGGAUUAAACAGAUCAACUUUGACUUUUGUACUUUUGAUGGAUUAAUCAGAACAUAAGUAACAUCACUGAAAAAUAAACAAUACAGAGGAUAUAAACAGACGCUGUUCGGAUAUUUACUAUAAUUGGAAUCGGAUUUAACAAAUCAGCAUUGACUCUUUGUACUAUUGAUGGAUUAAUCUGAAUUAAGUCACACUACUAAAAAUAAACAAUACAGAGGAUAUAAACAGACGCUGUUCGGAUAUUUACUAUAAUUGGUAUAGGAUUUAACAGAUCAGCAUUGACUAUAUGUGAUAUUGAUGGAUUAAUCAGAAUAUAAGUCACACUACUAAAAAUAAAGUUAUUACGAUCGGCUAUACAACAGAGCAUCAGAAAUGGACUUCAAAUACAAAUUGUUUGCUAUCAAUAAUUAUUGGAUAUUCUUAGUAGUGGUUGGAUAUAUUCAAUUAGUGGUCACAGCAUCUUCUGAUUGUCCGAUAUUCUUCAAACAAACAGGACGAAAGGACGAGGAAGUUAACGUUACAAAAUCGAAUUUACAAAAAUGUGCACUAUUUAAUGACCUCGUCGAUAAACUAGAGGCGCUCAAUAUUCUUAUCCCACGUGAUACCUCGUGCUAUUCGUUAUUGAAAGUAGGGCAGACAUUUGGACAAAAAGAUCCAAACUCCAAUUCUCAGACUUUUAGUGUUACAUUCCAUUUUCAGGAAAAUUUCAAAACUGGAAACACACCAGAUAAAACGUCAGUUGACGCUACAAUGUGCACCACCGGGAGUGUAACCUAUCAUGCUCAAGGGAGACAAUCACAUAUCGAAAAUGAUACCAAUAAUGGAAAUGAUACGGUUGCCCUAGCAACGAGCAUAAAUGACGGAGAUUCAUCAGUUUUGAGCCAUACACAAGUCGUUGUGAUAGCUACUUGUUCUGCUGUCGUUGGAACUUUUUUCAUAUUAGCAGCUGCAUUAAGAAUAAGAAAUUGUAUGAAAAGAAUUCGAGAAGACCAGCAAACCAGUAGACGUUCUAACAAUUAUCGACUUCCUUUAGCAAAGGGCCCUAACUCUCUUGAAGGACAUUCUCGAAAGUCUUCUUCAACACAUAGUCAACAGAACAGUCUUCUCGACAAAGAUGGUAGCACAUUUCCAAACAGAAAUUCACCAAGUGCCUGUCGUGAGCCACUAUUACUUGAUACAACGCCACGCCUUAUAGUGACAGCGCCAUCUACAGCCGCAAGUACUCCGGCGGACUCUCGCAGCUUUAUUCAAUUUAUCGAUGAAGAGUCAGACAACAAUAGUCAGAAAACCGAAGAAAAGAAUCAAGAUUACGAGGAACCAGCAUCGGAGGAAAAUGAAACAGACAUUGUUAAAGCUUUAGAUAAAAACUCGAUUGAAGACGUUGCCACGUUCGACACUAAGGACAAAGAAGGAAGUCCCCCCGUAGUAGUUAUAAAUAUUCAAGAUCAAAAUGAAAUUGAAAGCAAUCAUAUUGGAGAGGUUGAUUUAAAGUUAAAUUGUGCAAGCCAUGAGGAGAUUAGCGACAUUUUACCAGUUUCUAUAGCGGAAUCACAUUCUAUUACUGUUGGACUAACCCAAUCAGACGAUAGUUUAACUUCCCACAAUCCAUCAUACUGUUAUGGCAACCAAGUUGAAUAUUCAGAUAAUGGCGGAUAUGGAAAUGUCGGCUAUUGCGCACAAGGACAACACGAGGAAAUGUACGAACAAGAAAUAAUAUUAGAAAACGAUCCCGUGAACGGGGAUACAAAUGGAAAAACAUUAAAUUUUAACACACAUUUUAGUGAAAAUAAUGCAACGUCUUUUGAAAGAGACGAAAUGAGAAAUGCUUUCAAUGAUAAAAUGCAAGCAGAUAAAACUGAACAUGGUGCUCGGCCAUCUUUAAAAGACACACAUAACGUGAUAAGUCUAGACCAAUACGAACAACGCCAUAAGUUACAAAGACAAGGUAGAACUUUGCAACAUACAAGUUCAAUUGACAGUGAUGCAUAUUAAACAUUAUUACAUUUUAAAACUUACUCAUAUACCGUGUACUCAUCUAUUUAUAAAGUCGUUUUUUUCAGUAACUGAAAAAGCGCUCCAUGAUGUAUAUUACCUUGUUGCUUUCAAAGGGUUGAACAAUUUUAUACAAUAACCGUUUAUUUAUUUAAUUAACUGUUAUAAAUAGUCUUAAAGGGCAUGGCAUUCUGUCCCUUUUUUAAGGUUUCAAAUUUCAUUCACGAUCAUUUACUUGUCCGCUUUCAUCUGUGAGUUAAAACCAAACACCAGUAAGUGAAUAUUUUAAAAUAUAUUUUACUUGUAACUAUUGAAAAGAUCUAAAAAGUGAAAUCACAAAAAUACUGAGCUCCGAUGAAAAUUCAAAACGGAAAGUCCCUAAUCAAAUGGCAAAAUCUAAAGCUCAAACACCUCAAACGAAUGGACAAGAACUGUCAUACUCCUGACUGGUACGGGCAUUUUCUUGUGUAGAAAAUGGUUGAUUUAACCUGUUUUUAUAGCUAACUAAAACUCUCACUUGUAUGCAUGACAGUCGCAUCAAAUUUUACUUACUCAUAACAUUCCAAUGCAUUAUUUGUACAGGUUUAUUAAUGUUAACUUGAUUCUUUAUUUCAGUACAAGUAUGUACAACGGGUUACCAUACAUUAUGAUUUCCAUCUUAUUUUGUUAGACUGUUAAAAUCAUUUUGUAACAUCCGGUAUAAGAGAUUUUCUAACAACCGGUUUUAGUGGAUUUGUUAACGUGUGUGUAAACUCUGAUUAUUGUCAACGAAUUUUCAUUACUACAUUGAAUUUCAUAGGUGUGUAGUAGCUAUAUAUAGACAUUGUUCAUGUUGUUACGAAUUUAAAAGGGCUCCACUUCAUUUGUUUGUAUUAUAAUUGUGUUUAAAAUCCUCUCUGUUGUCUUAUUCAAUUAACCAAGAAAAGCUGAUUGAUUGUGUGUUAUAUAUAAUAACUAAUUGGGAAAAAAACGUAAUCUGUUCGAGUGGCAGCAAUUUUAUAGGAAAAAAUGAGGAUGAUAUGGGGAAUGUAUCAAAGAGACAACAACCGGACCAAAGAGCAGAAAACAGCCAAAGGCCACCAAUGGGUCGUCAAAACAGCGAGAAACUCCCGCAACCUGAGGCGUGCUCCACCUGGCCCUCAAUCAAAUUGAAUGAUAAUAGACGUCAUACUUAACUCCGAAAUAUAUAAAUGAACUAGAUUUAAAAACCAUACAAGACUGACAAAGGUCAGAGACUCUUUAAAAAGGCGCAAACAUGUGUUGUGAGAUUUCAACCCUCCAACUUUACCUCUAGCCAAUGUGAAUAAAAAAAACACAUGACAAUGAAAACGUCAGACCGGAUUCUUUUUUUUUCCCUUCAUUUCUUACAACAUCAUGUAGAGGUUUAUUACACAAACAAAAUGCACAGGACAUUUCACAAACGAGAAUUAAAACAAGAAUGCAACAGAUGAAGGCCAAACAAUCAAUACUGUAUUUUAACGAUGGGCCACAUGUUGAGAAGGAACUGUCUAUGUUGUUUUGGUAGGGUUCGUAUAGUACUCAGUUAGUAGAAUUCUAAAUGGUAUUCAUUGGUCUGUUUCGUCUCUAUUCGCUUCUUUCAUUAUUCUUUGGCCAUUGGUUGUGAUUUGUUUUGUUUUUUCGAUUUAUGAAUUUUGGAUGUCACAUACUAUUGGUUCUUCCGCCUUUAUUUUUACCAAUAUGCAAAUUCAGUUUCAUUCUAUGCA